ACUUACGUCAAGCUUGUGACUGGUCAUCGCUGGACGAAUCGUGGAUCUGGCGCAUUUUCAGUAAUUGGUGAUUGGAGAUCUCCAAAUAUUACACUGAUUAUUGGUUACCCACUGUGUUUUUAAUAACUUAGAUCGCGGCUUAUGUUUUUACUUAGUGAAGUAUAACAUAUAUUAAAAAGUUUUAAUUUAAUUUCACGUUACUGAAGUUUCACACAAAACAAGAUGUCCGUGUGUUUCUUUGUGCCAGCCGACCAAGCCGGUACAUCGGCUGGUUCAGAGGAGACGGAGGUGGAUGGGGCAGAGGACGUACCUCCUGAGAACAUCCAGAGUACUCUCCAGGUGUUCUGGAACAAGGUCAAUGAGGAUAUGAAGAAGAUUAACUCGGAGGAUUUCAAAACUCAAGUCCUGCCGCUCGCUCGCAUAAAGAAGAUCAUGAAGCUGGAUGAAGAGGUGAAGAUGAUAUCGGCCGAGGCCCCGGUUUUGUUCGCGAAAGCUGCCGAGAUAUUCAUACACGAACUGACGUUACGAGCGUGGUCUCAUACUGAAGACAAUAAGAGGAGGACGCUACAGCGUAAUGACAUAGCCAUGGCUAUAUCUAAGUCUGAUCAGUUCGACUUCCUCAUAGACAUCGUCCCCAGACACGAGGUGAAGCCGGCUCCAGCCAGGAGAGACGAGCCGAGGCAUGAGACGGUACAACAGCCGCAUCAGACUCCGAUAACACAACCACAAUUUGUCAUUCAGCCGACGGCGCAGAUAGUACAACAGCAACAGCAAUCCAGCAGCACAUCAUCACAGCCCGUGCUGCUGCAGCAGGUGAUGACUGGCUCCGGGGAAGUGCAGCCAUUACCGAUCCAGCUGACCCAGGCCCAGCUGAACAUGAUUCGGCUCCAGGUGCAGAACAACCCCAACCAGCCGAUCAUCAUACAGGCGCAACCCCAACCGCAGCAGUCGCCGCAAAUCAUACAGGUGUCGUCUCAAGCUCCACAUCAGCCGCACCAAAUAUUCCUCACCCAGGUCGCGUCCGGUCAAGACGAGUCCUAGCCGGGACAGCGAGCUUGUACAUAGCCCUGGUUUUAAUGAAGCGAUGACGUCACACGCCUCUACUACACGACUGAUGGUUUUAUAGUGUAUUUUUUAAUAACCCGUUAAGUUUAACAUUUACAAAUCGGUUGAUGGUAUUAUGUAUUGUAAAAUAAAAUUAAAUGUUUUAAAAAUUUGUUAUUUAUACAUAAGGGGAUCGCUCGAUUAUAUUUUUAUUGAACGGCAA